AUGUCCGAGCAAGGUGUCCAUCAAUUCCAGACCGAGAUUGAGAUGCUUUCCAUGCUCCGACACCACCACCUUGUCUCUUUGAUCUGUUACCGCGAGGAGAACUGUGAGAUGAUCCUAGUCUACGAUUCCAUGGCCCAGGGGACCCUCCGCGAGCAUCUUUGCAAGACACAGAAGCCGCCUCUUCCAUGGAAACAGCGGCUUGAGAUCUGCAUCGGGGCUGCACUUGGUCUGCAUUACCUUCACACCGGUGCGAAGCAUACCAUCAUACCUCGAGAUGUGAAGGCAACAAACAUACUGUUAGAUGACAAAAGGGUUGCAAAAGUUUCAGAUUUCGGGCUCUCGAAGAUUGGCAUGUUGCCAUUUCGAUAUCUCCUCAGAUAG